AUGCUAUCCUUGUCAUUAAUUUUCUCCCUGGCAAUCUUAGUGCCUUCAUUUGUUUCUGCAUCUCCACCUAUAGUCACCAUCAAGAAUGGCACUGUCCAGGGCCGUCACUCUUCUGAAUGGAAUCAGGAUUUCUUCCUAGGCAUCCCUUACGCCCAACCUCCUCUUGGUGAUCUGCGAUUCAGAUGGCCUCAACCCAUAAACACGUCCUUUCAAGGGGUUUUUGAUGCUUCUCGUUAUGGUUACAGUUGCUAUCAAUAUGGAAGCAAUUUCAAUCUUAGCGAAGACUGUCUGACCAUCAACGUUGUACGUCCUUCGGGCUACGAAGACAAGAGACUACCGGUUCUGGUCUGGAUCUAUGGUGGAGGCCUGACUCUAGGAAGUACCGCCGAUCCCCAGUACAAUCUAAGCGGCAUCGUUGAAACCUCGACUCUGACCGACAAUCCAUUCAUUGCGGUUAGCAUGAACUACAGACUCGGUGUAUGGGGCUUUCUCAACACUCCAGUCGUUCAUACUGAGGGCUCUUCCAACGCCGGCCUACUUGACCAAAGACUUGCGCUUCGAUGGGUUCAGGAGAACAUAGCCUCAUUUGGUGGAGAUCCUACGCGAGUGACGGUGUGGGCAGAAAGCGCUGGAGCGCAAAGUAUUGGCUUGCACCUAGUCAGCUAUGGCGGCCGCAACGACAAUCUCUUCCACGCUGCUAUCCUGGAGUCUGGCGGGCCAGAAGGUGCGAGUCUGAACACAAUGCCGUUCUAUUCUGCUGCCACGGACAAUCUGACGAGGACGGUGGGAUGUCCCAGAACUUGGACGGACCCGUCUCAGCUUGCCUGUCUCCGUAACCUCAGCUCAGCAGCACUGUUUGCUUCGAACUAUACUGUUGUCUGGAAUCCCAUCAUUGAUGGUGACUUUUUGACAAACUACCCUUCAUCUCUCGUAGCACAAGGCAAAUUCAUUCGUGUACCGUUGAUUACAGGUGCAAACACGGACGAAGGCGUCAGUUUCAGCGUCCAGAAUCUCAACACUACGACUGAUCUCUACGACUCUCUUUUCUACUGGCGCAACUAUGCCUUGUCUCCUCCAAGUAUUCGCAGACUGUUGCAGCUCUACCCUAACAAGCCCGCCUUGGAGCCACCAUAUUCUAAUCAUGCAAAUGUCACCUACCCUGAAUUCGGACAGCAAUGGCGACGCUCUGCUGCAAUUGGAGGCGAUCUUGUCAUGAUAGCACAACGACGCAAGAUGGCAGAGCUGUACGCAAAAGCUGGCCAGAAAGUCUUCUCCUACCGUUUCGACACACCUUUGUACAACGCCACAGUACCUGGAUCAGUAAAACAUUUCGACAAUGUAAUGUUCAGCUUCCAGAAUAUCUCAGGGGCUAUGGGGCCACUGCCACAGUAUCAGUUUUAUAGAACCUUGAGUACUGAUAUUGGCAAGCUAUAUGCCAAUUUUGUGGGCACACACAAUCCGAAUGGGAUCAAUGCAAUGAAUGGUACUGGUCUGCCUUACUGGCCUCAAUAUAGCAUCGGGGCGCCUACGAAUCUUGUUUUGAAUGCCACUGCUAGUCAUGUCGAGGCAGAUAGAUUCCGUCAAGAAGGCAUUAGUUUUAUCAAUAGCAUUUGGCGAGAACUGUUGGCAUAA